GGAGCCGGCCGGCGAGGGUGCUAGUCGGAUGUAGGAGGCGAAGGGGUGUGGAGGGUCUCGAAAUGUGAAGAAAGAAGUGGAGACUGGUGGAACUUUGGCUGUGAAGUGUGAUUGAUUGUGUGAGAGCGAAGAUGCCGCAUAAUCGUCGCCACCAAGCCCCAGUGGUUGCUGGUCAACAGAGACUGGACCCAGCCGCCAUUGAAAACCAAAACUACGAAUCGGUACUUUGCAGUGUGCCGAACGGCUGUCUGGCCCCUGAUGUUGUCUUGAACCCUCAAGACAAGGAUGGGGUCAGCAAGGUGCUCUGUAACAACGAACAAUGUCCCUUUUCGGGCUACAUGCACCGGCAGUGUUUUGACAACUGGGAAGAUGGUGUGCUGGCAUACCUCAAAUCCUGUGGACGCGCUAGGUCGUGGUCUGAGAAGCAACGGCACCAAAACUUGUGGACUAAAAAAGGGUAUGAUCUGGCUUUCAAGGCUUGUGGGUGUCGUUGUGGCAGGGGGCAUUUGAAGAAAGAUCUCGACUGGACCAACUCUUCGAAGACAAAUGACGAGGACAACACCAAGAGGAGGAAGAAGCAUAACAAGAGCACGAAGCCCGUGCUGACCCUCACCAUUCAGACGCCGGCCAUCGGCUGUCACGGCAGGUCACGCGCGAACAGCCUGGGGUCGACGGGAUCAUCUCCCCCGUCCUCGGGCUGCGAGUCUCCUCACAGCCCUCAGCACUACCAGUCUGUGCGAAAACGGUCCAACCCAAAGAACGAGUUCUUAACGGAACGCCUUAGGCACAAUUCUGGAGGCAAUGGAAUUUUCGCCCGCAGGACGGACUUCAGUUCCUUCAACAUUCUACCGAAACACAAAAUCAACUCCUAUCAUAUCAAGAUGGAGGACGAGGGCUCGCAGGGGAACGACGACACGCGCUGUUUCCUGCUGUCGUCCCUGGCGUCGGCGCGCAUGUGCCGCACCUUCUGCGUGGUCUGUGGCGACGCGCUGACCGUGUACGACCGCUACCCCAUCAUCGACGGCACGUUCUUCAUCGGGCCGCGGCAGCACUCGCGCGCCUCCGUCCAGGUGCGGUACGACAACCGUGUGCAGUACCUGUCGGCCGUGUGCAUGGGCUGUCUGGAGGGCUGGACGGUGCGGCUGCGCUGCCGCCGCUGCCACCAGCCCUGGGACGGAUCCCACCUCAUCCUGGGCACCAUGUACACGUUCGACAUCUUCGCCGCCACGCCGUGCUGCUCCGAGAGGCUGAAGUGUAACGAGUGCGACAGCCCGGUGAUCGCGCCUGACCAGCGGCUCAACUUCUACUCCGACUACAGCCACAUGGUCAGCUGUCCGUUCUGCACGGCCCUGGAGAACCACUUCGUCAAGGCGCUCUCCUUCUACCAGCGCGUGCCGCCGACAGCGUAAUGUUGGCCUCACCACUAGGCGGCAAUGGGUGGGGACGGGGACUCGAGUCCCGGCCAGGUGGCUCACUGGACCGGUGGGGCGGCCCGCGGCGGCCGGCGGCCGACCGAGCAGGCACCGCCCGCCGCCCGGCGCGCCGCCCGCCACAGGCAACACAUGACCUGACCUGACCGGCGGUUUUCUAUGUUUUGAUACCUAGCGUAGCAGCGUCGCGGGCGCCGGCGCGGACCGGCCCGGCGGCGCGGGACUGUCUGACCCCCCUCCAGCCGGCCACCCGCUCGGGACUCACUAGAUGAUUUUGGUUUAGCCUGUGUUUGCCUAGUCUCGCGUUAUGUUUGCGUUUGCCGUUUGCGUUGGGUGAGCCAGCUGAAGGUGAGGGCGCUCAGAGCUGACCGUGCCCAGGGCCAGUAUUUUUGUACAUAGGGCGCUUGUUCGUGUGUGUGUGUGUGGCUUACCGGGGGAGCGGGGGAGGGAGGGGUACUUUUCUACCGACUACAUUGUAGGCUGAGUGGCGCGUCGGACGCUGUCGGACACCGGUCCCUCGGCGGGCCAUACUGAGCUGUCUGACAGAGCCGUCGGCCGCCGAGGGGCCGCGCUAACCGCCCACCGCAGUCCGGCCUCCGCCGCCGAGUCUCAACAGGCGCCCACCCCACCAGCGACCCCGCCCCCGACCCCACCGGCUGACCGCCGCGAAGGCUUGUGCACUGCGCCGUCCACCUGGCCGGUAACCCCACCACCCUUCUUGUUUAUCCCGUCUCCGCCGUGUCUCAGUUUCUCCAGCUCUUGUCCUUUGUUCCACCCUUUCCCAUGUCCCUGUCUCCUUCCCUCGUCCCUUGUCGAGCGUCACCUUGUUCCGUUCUCUAGCCCUAGCCCCCCCGUCUCUGCGCUGUUUUCUUUUCGCCUGUCUCCUGUCCCCUGUCCUGUCUGCUGGCGUCGGCACCGGGCCGGCACCCAGUACAAAUACCGUGUGAGAGGACGGCGUGCGCUGACCGGCUGUGACGCUGGCCGCCGACCAGAGCCGGCGGCCGGCCCGCCGUCCGGUGCCGCCGCCCGCGCCCGGCCGCGCCACAGAGGACCCACCGGCCGCGGCGCCGGGCGCGGGCCCAGCAGACGGGACAGCCUCCACUCCAGUCCAGUCCCAGUCCCGGCCACCAGAUCUCGACCCGUCCGACAGCCUCUGGUCCCCAGAGGCCCCUGUCCACCGUCCGACCUGACAGACCGCCGACAGGCCUGUCAGCGACUGUCACCUGCUGUCACCUGUCGCUGGCGAACCGCACCGACCGCCGCACCUGACCCGACUCCCACCGUCCCCCGCCCGCCUCCGCCCCGCCGAACUCGACGUAUCAGCUGUGUCUGAGCGGCAGGCUGCGCACCGCCAGUCGGGCCAUUCCCGCAUGAGAACACUGUCUGACUGAGUGCUCCACCUUGUGUCUUGUGUGUGCGCGUGGCUGGUUCCCGCUUGUCUGUGUAUCUGUGUUUGGUACAGAGUGGGUGGAGCUCGCCUGGUGUGUGCCGCCUGUCCGCCUCGCUGUGGCAGUUUAGCUUGUACUGCUCUGUUCGUCAUCUCUGUGUUCAGUGUCCCGAUGGGUGUUGUGUUGCUUAUAAUCACGUGGCUGUAUGUAGUGUAAUUUCGUCGUGGUGUAAUGCAUAACGUGUCCAUACUCGUGUAUUGUGUGUUUGCCGUCAAUCGCCUGUGUUUUGCGUAGUGUAUUUCGUCCGUGCUGAUAUGUAUCAAGCGCUGUGCCUCGCCGCGCGCCUGUGUAGCCUCCAGUGACAGUGUGCCCUGUGCUGAAUCGACGUUGUGUGCCUUGUCCCGUUCACCAUAGCGUUCCACAGUGUGAGUGUGUCGUGUGACAAAACCGUACCUGAUAGGUGUAAGGGUGCGGCGGGCCGCGCACUACGUGUUGCUGUGUCCUGACGUACCUGACGGCGGGCCGGCGGAGGGCGGGGGCGGUCGGGCGGCGCCUCCGGCCGCCCCCGCCCACAGAGCCGACCCGCCCGGUGGCGGCUGUGAGUAGCCGGUAAGGUAGUGCGCGGAGACGCCAUCGACGACCGGGGAUGGGCGCGGCGGCCUGGCGAAACGUCUUUCUACCCUUGCUGUGUGCGUGCGCUGUGGGAGUGGAUGUGUGGGUGUAAAUAGAACAGCAGGCGUGGUCUUGCGCACGCCGAAUUUCCACGCCGCCGCCCCCGUCCCCGAUCACGAUAUUAGAUCGGUAAAAAAUAACAAAAAAAAAAAGAGAAAUAAUAAUCCAGGCAAAUUAAUGAAUGGAAAGCUGUGCAUGCGUCCGUAUUUUUGUAUAACAAAUGACACGAUAACAGGGAAUGUUGAAAACCUCUGCCGCAGUGCGAAUCGCCUCGGCAGUUAAGAAUAAAAAAAUAAACCCAUAACAUGACGACACAAAAAAUCCAGCACUUCUUCUCAUCAAGCAAGAAGCCGUGUAUGUAUGAGUUACUCUAGUUCACAAACAGGGAACAGAUUUUAGUCAGAAAUUCUAAUCUGGCCGCUCGCUGUGGAGUGGUUGCCUAGUCUCCCCGUCUGGCGGUACCUUCUUUCCGGCCUUCGGGACGUUGUCGUGGAGAGUGUCAGAAGAGCGUCUGUGGUGCGUCCUGAGAUCGCCUUCGACCUCGCCGGCCGGCGGCGCCCGGGCGGAGUCCGCGCGGGCGCCGCCGCGCCGGCCGGUCGGACUGAUGCCGCGUGCCUCCGAGGUGACUGUUCGGAGCCGGGCCGCCUGCCGCGCCAACCGCCGGCAGCCGGCCCGACGUGCCGUCCAGUCGCCCGAAAUUGCCGUACUCUCGACUGAUGUGCCUCUGAUCGGGAGUGUCCUGUGACCGGCCCCGGCAGCCCGUCCACUCCGGGAAGUCACCUGCCGGGUGCCCAAGUACAACACGCUGUCAUUGCAAGUGUUUGGUGUCCCCGAUUCUGAGAUAGCGCCGCUGCCGGCCGCCGAUGCGGGGCCGGCGCGCGCGCCUGUACAUAAGUCCAGCUGAGAGCGCCGGCCGGCGGCCCGCGCUGUCGUGGCGGCUGAUGUGUAAGCGAGAGAGCGCGUCCGGCGCCGUGGGGGGAGCAGGUCCCGCUGACGGGGACGGAGAGCGAGUACAACAUCCUGAAGCAGUACAAGUGGUGAGCGGAGCCCGCCGGCCGGCGCCGGUAACAAUAGUGCUAGUCUAGUCGGCCGGGCGCGUCCCGGCCGCACCACGUGACCGCCCGCCCGUCCGGCCAGCGUUCCACGGGCGCUGUCACGUGACCCGGGCCGAGGCCGUGACGAUGGCGGCGAACUCGAUACUCGAGAUUUGUCAAUUCCAGUCGCACCAGCUCCAUGGGCUGCCUUGACUUCCAAUGAGGAACGUUCUCUUUGGAAAUCAAGACAUCGUAUGGAAACCGACACGUGAUAUCUUCUCCCGGCAAGAUCGAUUGAUUAAGGCCCAUAAAAAGCUACUUCUCAUUCUGGGGAAAAGGCCACCCUACUCACAAUCCAAGACAUCUCGAUGGAAAUAAGGACAGUAAGGGUUACCAAGCGGUCUGCUCUUUUUCUCAUUUCGGAAGGUGUUCAGUGGUCGCUUUUGAGUGAGCAGAAAAAGACAAAUCAGUCAAACACUUCACCAAGCUUCGAAACUUUAGGGCCAGUGUAACUAUAUGAUGUUUGUUCGAGAGUGCUUGUUUUGGUUUGGUUGAAGAGCGCUUGUUUCAGUUUGCUUCAGAGGGAUUCUCGUCUAUUUGUGUGUGCGGCCGCCCCGGUUGAACAUCCGGGGUCGCUGCGUCCAUUUCUGGCCUCGAGAGUCUCCAGCGCAGCGCUGACCGUGGGUCGUCAUGGCAACGCCGCCAAGGCUAUCGAUUCGGGCCGCUCAUGGUCGGCGGCCGCGUGGGCCGGUCGAACUCCCUCGGGCUGCUCGGCUCCCGGCUCUCCCGCCGCCGGGUGAGCCGAGAGAGUUGGACCGGCACCCGCCGCGCCGGCCUGCACCCACUUCGCUAUCAUUGGGGGCGGCCUGCACCCACGCGCUGACACUGGGGCGGCCUGCACCCACCGUGCUGCCCGUCGGGCGCGGCCGACACCGUUCAGGCCUAUCGCUGCCGCCCGCACCCGGCGGGAGCCUCGUCCCCGAGACGGACUGUUACCAAAUGGGGCGCUCCGGCCGUGGGCUGGCCCUGGCGUGCUGUAGCUGAGUAUGGCCGUGCUGUCGCCACGGUCGGUGAACGUGAGGUCUCUGUGUGUGCCGUGUAUGUGAUCGUGUGUAAGCGAGGAAAGCAGGCCGGUUGGCGCGCGCUGACCGCUCUCGAGCGGAGCGCGCUCGACGUGCGGCGACCGGCGCGCGGCUGGUCACUAGCCAUACAUACGUGUAGCGAGGAGCGGAGAGGGCGAGGGCGAGCCUUGUGGCCGCCCCAAGUCGGGCUGUGAGCGGUAGGGUGUAGUAGGCGCGGCCGCCGGUGGCUUGACCCCGGCAGGCUCGCGGUGGGGGGUUGUGAGGGGUGUUCUGAGGGAGGGCAGGGUAGGGUCUCGGCGCUGCGGCGGCGGUGGCGUGUGCGGCUUGGCGGUCUCCGGCUGCCCUGCCCCCGCCCAGCCGCCACCGCCGCGCCGACACCGGUCAGUUUCCGUUUGUAUCGGCCUGCGUUCAGGUGAUGUCACCCGUCAGCCGUGUUUGUUUCCUGACCUCAGUCGUGUGAGUGUCCUUAGUGAAUGUCCUGUCCUGUCCAAUGUGCCGUCUCCAGCGGCCGGUGCCGGCUGUGAUUAGUGUUAAGAAGUGGCGCCCGGUGGGGACACAAGGUCUCUUGUCUGGUGGGGUUGUGGUUGUGGCGGCUGGUCUCCGAAAUGCGCCUGUCCAAUUCGAACGGCUAUAAUCUGCUGUAAGGCUGUGGUGUGGUGUUUCGCUUUGCGCUCGCGGUGUGUGUGUGCGUGUGUAUGUGCUGGGCUGUGACACUCGGCGGUUAGUCUUGUGGGGCGCCGUCCGUUGUCAUCGCUAACCGCUGACAGCGUUCGUCGUAAGAUAUAAUCCAAUGGUGCAUUUCCACGCCCGUUGGGGCUUCUCGUCUCGUGGCCCGCAAUGUCGUCCCUGCUGGCCUGAUCCUCAUUUUCCGCGUUCGGUGCUCCUCUGGCCAGCCGCAUACCAUCCAGAUCUGAAGUCGGGCCGCCCGAAAGACGCCAGUGGUUUUAUUCAUUCCUCAGGUUUGCUUAGUUCUCCAUUUGGAAAUGAUCUCCUUCGUGUCCUUCUCUGGCCUGACUUCAAAUCUCGAUGUCAGUUACCGGUGCAGAUCCGUUUUCGUGCGAUAAUUGGUGCCGGCGAAACCCGGAUUUGUUCUCAGUUACCCUAGAUAUGUUCCGGUGCACUCUUGCUGUACGCUAGGAUGGGACGCAGCUGUAGUGCUCGGUACACCUCGCUCCGCCUCGCUUCAUCCCCUUCCCCCCGAAAAAUCACCGUCUUCCCCGUAGUGUGUAGUUGGGACACGUGCAUUUCUUGCUUCCGUACCUGCGCGUGGCUGACUUGCGGCGGCGCUGUGCUUCCACGCUGAACUGUGCCUGCGCCGCAUUGGAGGGCUGUGGCAGCGCCGCUCUGGAGAGCUGCGUGAGCGCUGCAUUGAAGGGCUGUGACGAUGGCGGAUCGCGGGCCGAUCGAUGUCAUAGAAAUACCUCACAGAGCCCACUCCUCACCAGUAACACCUUGCACUAAUCCCAGCUUUUCUGUCGCGCAAAUAGACCGCGUUUGCCUUUUCUCUCAGCUGGCUUUGUGAAGUAUUUCUGUGUUCAUGCCUUAUGCUGUCGGCGACCCGCGCUCCGCCUUUGGAGGGGUGACUUGAUGGGAAGGGAGGCAUCAUUUGGCUGUGGCCUGGCGCAGGCCGCUCGGCCGACCAGGACACGCAAAGUGCGCCUGUCUGAGGAAGGUGUGGUCGAGGGUACCGUGUGUGUGACUGGGGGAGUGUGACUGGGAGCUGAGAGUUUGGCUAAGGAUUUUUGUUUGAGCAGCUGUUUGGCUGAUGGGUCUUCGGGUGUGACUGAGGGGGUAAUGUCUGAGGGGUCCGUGCAUGUGACUGAAGGGGUUGUGUCAGGGGGUGCGCGGGUGUGUCUGACGGGGUCGUGUCUGAGCGGCUCGUGCCGCCGCGCUGCCGGCGCCGUGACGGCGGCUGUCUUCCUGGCCGGUCGGGCCGUGUUCGGGUGUCUGGGUCCAAUGGCGUGCGAGGAGCGCGACCGCGAGGUAACGGCGCGCGCGCGCGCGCCGCGGCUCACCGGGGCGCCGUAGACGGCCGGCCUCCGAGCGCCGGCCCGCUAGUUAGGCUGUGCCCUGGAUUCUCACCGGUGGUCGAAAACUUCGGAUGCACAGUCGUACUCAGGUUUACAGAAAUCGCCUCAGGAGUUGAUUCAAAUUCAAAAUUUCGACUCAGGUGUUGGCGGCGAGACGGCGGCGCGCCCCGGUCCGGUCCCGUGCCGGCGCCGGGGCCGCCCGCCGUCAGCCUCCUCACAAGUCCCUCUCAGGCCCCUGCCCCUACCCGCGGCCGACCCAGCGGGCGGCGUGCUUCCGUGGCCGUGCCGCGCGCUCCCGCCGGCCGUGUCCGCGUCCGUGUCCGUGUCCGCGUGUGUCCCCGUUCGUGUCUCCGUGUCCGGCGCUCCGCCCGUGUCCGAGGCCAACCCCCGGCGGCCGGGCCGUUUUGCGUUGCGCUGUGACUUGUGUGUCGAUUUUUGUAGUGCUUGGUUCUAGCGUGUGUUUGUGUGAGUGGUUCCGAGUUGUGUGUCGGUGUCUGGGUUCUGACUGACGUAGGCAUAUUUGUAUUGUGUAGUUUGCUGUUCGAAUGUGAUUGCGUGUCUCGUUGUGUUAACCAGUGUCAACCAUAGCCGAAACCGCUGUGAUUAGGUUAAGUUAGUUUCGUCCAGUGCCAUUGUAAUACGCACAAAACACUACAAAAAUAUUGAUCUACGAUAGCCUCUGUGCCGCCCUGCGAAGGGCGAUCAGUGUCCAUGAUCCGUACCGUACCUGAAGUACCUGCCAUUACCCUCCCCCCCCCCCCCCCCCCAACGUCGCCUGUUGAGACUCGGCGUCGUGGCCGGCGCGGGCCGACGGGACCGCCGCCGCCGCCGCCGCCGCGCUGGAGCGCUGCCAAGUGUUUGCCGCCGAACAGCCGGCUCACCUCUAUUCGACCUUGACUUUGGGCGGCGGUGCGGCGGUCCCGGCGAGGCGGCCCGCCGCCGACUGCGUCGUACCAUGGCGCCGACGCGACGUUCGGAACGGCGCGCUGCUGCCGGCGCAGGCGCCGCAGCCGCCGGCUUCACCAGACUAUUUUGGGCUGCAUGCUUUUUCAUAGAAACACUCUGAAAAGAACGCAAAGCGAGUGAAAAUCGAUGCGGAAACCUGUUGUAUUUUUGUGGCGCUCGUGUUUCGGGUAGGUUGUGUGGUAGGUGGCCGCUUGUGCGGGCGGCGGGCGCGCCGGCGCCGUCCCCUUUCUAUGUGUGUGUGUGUGUGUGUGUAUGUGUGUCAGUGCUCACUAGAAGCAGCGGCGGGCGCGCCGAACGGCCAGGCCUGCCGACGGCCGGCCGCCGCGCCGCAGCCCCGGGUACUUUAAAGCGAGUACAAACGUGCCGGCGCCAGAGCGUGUACCUGAGUGGGGGCGCGGCCGCCGCCCGGCGCGGCGCCGGACGCCGCCGAGCGGCCGGCGCCGCGCCGCUCCGGUCAGCCGAGGUCAGACGAGGUCACCGGAUCGGCGGCCGCUCCCACACCGGCCACGGCGCGGCCGCCCGGCCGGCGACCGCGCCAGCCGCCUCCAUUGUGCCGGCGCAGCGCGCUAUUUUGGAUAAGGAGGGCCACCGAAUGGGGGCGCCGUGUCUGCUCUGUAUAGGUCUUGUGCCGCCCGAUCCCGGACCGCUCGAUGGGGGCUCCCACAUUAGAUUUUCGGCCAGGGUGCACCGGAGCUGGCGUCCCGCUGGUCUGCCCCUCCGGUGCUCCUGGCCCGUCAGGCAGGCUGGUUUCCGCCGCCACAUCCCUUCGGGCUAACACUGGAUGUACUAGAUGUAGCAUUAGGUAGUUUUCGGCUAAUGUCUGUCGUGCCGGCGCCAGCUGAGAGGGCGGCGGGCCGUUUUGUGUUCGGCCCGCUCGGCACGUCUCUCCGCUGUUCCCUCCGGUCCCGCCGCGUCUGCUCUCUGUUCGUCGCCGGUCCGUCUAUGGUCUCAAUCUCUGUGCUGCGUUUAGCGCCGUCCCUCGCGCGUCUUUGGGCUAGGUUGUCUCUGGUUUUGUCGACCCGCGACGCCGCGAUACAGGCUCUCUGUUCUGUACCCGUUUACCAGCGGAGGCCGAUUGGGGGUCGCCGAGCCUACGUCGGACUGACAACGCUUCGGUGGCGGGUGCACGCGCGUUUGUCUCACCAUAGCUUUGCUUAUCGGCAAUGUCGUUUACUGCGCCUCCCGCUGGUGUUGCAUAUAUAUUGGACGACUGAAUAAAGCAGCAAAACGCCCA